UGCGUAAUGCCAGAAGCUAUUCUUACCAACCGGUCUCACCUUACAGCACGCCCGGGGAGGCGAUCACGGAGGAGUGCUGCACAGGCCGCCCUCAGACGCGCUCCGGUGGGUGCUGCGAUCGGUGGUGUACUCGUAGUGGUGCAGUGAAGCGUGUCGUUGACGAAGGCAGUGAGUACUCCAGGUCACUGAGACAGCUUUAGGCACCCACCACUACCAACACCACCACCGCCAUGCCUGGCCACAUCAAAAAGAGCACCGGGCCCGAUCCCGACCCCAGUGAGUAUCUCUAUAUUUCGGCUGAGAUGAAGAUAAAGGAUCAGACCAAGCCCUACGAUUCGAAGAAGUCUUGCUGGGUGCCUGAUGCCAAGGAGGGAUUCCUUGAGGGCUUGAUCCAAGGCACUAAGGGAGAAAAGGUCACUGUGAUGGCUGGCGGCGAGACCAAGGAGUACAAGAAGGACCAAGUACAGCAAGUAAACCCACCCAAGUACGAGAAAUGCGAGGACAUGUCCAACCUGACCUACCUUAACGAUGCCUCUGUCCUGUACAACCUGAAGACCCGCUACGUCAACAAGCUCAUCUACACCUACUCUGGUCUUUUCUGUAUUGUGGUGAACCCCUACAAGCGCUACCCCAUCUACACCAACCGUACGGUCAAGAUUUAUCUGGGCAAGAGGCGUAAUGAGGUCCCUCCUCACCUGUUCGCUAUUUCUGACGGCGCUUACAGUAACAUGUUGCAAGUUGGCGACAAUCAGUCCAUGUUGAUCACCGGUGAGUCUGGCGCCGGCAAGACCGAGAACACCAAGAAGGUACUCUCCUACUUCGCCAACGUCGCCACCCCCAAGAAAGAAGGUGAAAAGAAGAAGAAUCUGGAAGAUCAGAUUAUCCAGACCAACCCUGUACUGGAGGCCUUCGGUAACGCCAAGACCGUCCGUAAUGACAACUCCUCCCGCUUCGGUAAGUUCAUCCGUAUCCACUUCCAACCUACUGGCAAGCUUGCUGGUGGUGACAUUGAGGUCUACCUGCUGGAGAAGGCUCGUGUCAUCUCCCAGCAGUCUCUUGAGCGAUCCUACCAUAUCUUCUACGAGAUGAUGUCCGACCAGGUCCCCGAAAUCAAACCGAUGUGUAAGCUCAGCAACGACAUCUACGACUACCACUACGUGUCUCAGGGCAAGGUCACUGUGCCUUCUAUCGACGACAAGGAGGACAUGCAGUUCUGUCACGAUGCAUUCGACAUUCUGGGCUUCCAAAAAGUAGAGGUCGAGAACGUGUACAAGAUCACAGCCUCCGUCAUGCAUUUCGGCGAGCUCAAGUUCAAGCAGAGGGGUCGCGAGGAACAGGCAGAAGCCGACGGUACUGAAGCCGGAGAAAAAAUUGCAGAGCUCAUGGGUACAGACGUGAAUGACCUGUACAUGGCCAUCACCAAGCCCAAGAUCAAAGUCGGUACCGAGUUUGUGUCCAAGGGUAUGAAUGUUGACCAAUGUUACUACUCCAUCGGCGCUAUGGCCAAGACCCUGUUUGACCGUGUAUUCAAAUUUAUCGUUAGCAAGUGUAAUGAAACUCUUGAAACCGGUCUCAGGCGCCAUUCCUUCAUCGGUGUGCUGGAUAUUGCCGGUUUUGAGAUCUUCGACUUCAAUGGCUUUGAGCAGAUCUGCAUCAACUUCUGUAACGAGAAGCUGCAGCAGUUCUUCAACCACCACAUGUUCGUGCUGGAGCAGGAGGAGUACAAGAAGGAAGGCAUCGAUUGGACUUUUGUGGACUUUGGCAUGGACUUGCAGGCCUGCAUUGAGCUCUUUGAGAAGAAAAUGGGUCUUCUAUCCAUCCUGGAGGAAGAGUCUAUGUUCCCGAAGGCAACAGACAAAUCUUUCGCUGAGAAGCUGAACGCCAACCAUCUCGGUAAGACUCCGGUGUUCAUCAAGCCCAAGCCUCCCAAGCCAGGCCAACCUGAGGCCCACUUCGCUAUUGUGCACUAUGCCGGCACUGUGAGCUACAACUUGACUGGCUGGCUUGAGAAGAACAAGGAUCCCCUCAAUGAUACUCUGGUGGAUCAGCUGAAGAAAUCCGGUAACGAACUGGCAGUAUUGAUCUUCGCCGACCACCCGGGACAGUCUGGUGGCGGCGACGACAAGAAAGGCAAGAAGUCUGGAGGAUUUAAGACAGUGUCGUCUUCCUACAGAGAUCAGCUAAACAACCUCAUGAGGACCCUGAACGCCACUCACCCUCACUUCAUUCGCUGCAUUGUGCCCAACGAAACCAAGUCCCCAGGUGUGAUGGAUGCAGCUCUAGUUAUGCAUCAGCUGACUUGUAACGGUGUGCUUGAAGGCAUUCGUAUUUGUCGCAAGGGCUUCCCCAACAGAAUGCAUUACCCGGACUUUAAGCAUCGGUACAAGAUCCUGGCCUCUAAAAUCAUGUCCGAGAUCAGGGAGGACAAGAAAUCUGCCAAGGCUUGCUUCGAUAAAGUGGAACUCAAUCCAGAGUCUUACCGACUGGGUCACACCAAGGUGUUCUUCCGUGCUGGUGUUCUUGGUCAAAUGGAGGACCUGCGUGAUGAUCGCAUCGGCAAGCUGAUCACGUGGCUGCAGGCGUGGAUCCGUGGGUUCGUCGCUCGUAAACUUUACGAUAAACUCCAGAAGCAGCGCAUUUCUCUGUUGAUUGUACAGCGCAACAUCAGGAAGUACAUGAAGAUGCGUAGCUGGCUCUGGUAUUCCCUGUGGAUCACCUUGAAGCCUCGCCUCACUGUGACACGCGUUGAGGAUGAACUCAUUGCCUUGGAAGAGAAGGCUGAGAAGGCUGAGACGGAACAUGCACAGGCUGUCAAGAUUCGUGAGCAACUCCAGGCCACCAACAACUUGCUGUCAGAGGAAAAGAAUAACCUCCUGUUGGCACUGGACUCUGCCAAGGGCGGUAUGUCAGACUUUGUCGAGAAGCAAAACAAGGUCCAGGCCCAGAAGACCGACCUCGAGAAUCAGCUUACGGAAAUCACAGAGCGCCUAGGGAAUGAAGAGGAAUCCCGCAACCAACUGACACAAGCUAAGAAGAAGUCUGAACAGGAAGUGUCACAGCUCAAGAGGGAUUUGGGAGAUAUUGAAAUGAAAAUCCAGAAGGGAGAACAGGACAAGUCCACAAAGGACCAACAGAUUCACAACCUUAAUGAAGAAGUUUCCCACCAGGAAGAACUCAUCAAUAAAAUCAAUAAGGAGAAGAAGCAUUUGCAGGAAUGCAAUCAGAAGACAUCCGAAGAUCUUCAGAGCCUCGAGGAUAAGAGCAAUCACUUCGGCAAUAUCAAGUCUAAACUGGAACACAAUCUUGAUGAACUCGAAGAUUCUCUGGAGCGAGAAAAGAAACUUCGCAGUGACGUCGAAAAAGCCAAGAGAAAGGUUGAGGGUGAUCUCAAGUUGACUCAAGAAGCCAUCGCUGAUCUAGAGCGUAACCAGAAGGAUAUUGAAAACACCAUCCAUCGCAAGGAUAAGGAAUAUGCCGCCCUUGUCACAAAAAUUGAGGAAGAGCAAAUGCAGAUCAAUAAGGUACAGAGACAAAUCAAGGAGCAACAAGCUAGAAUCGAUGAACUCGAGCAGGAAGUUGAAUUUGAGCGACAGUCUCGUGCUAAGGCCGAAAAGAGCAAGACCAAUUUGGCCAGAGAUCUGACAGAGCUUGGCGACCGCCUGGAGGAAGCCGGAGGAGCCACUGCCGCCCAGAUCGAGCUGAACAAGAAGCGUGAGUCUGAGCUGAGCAAGCUCCGCCGCGACCUCGAGGAGACCAACAUUCAGCAUGAGUCUGCACUUUCUCUCCUCCGCAGGAAGCACAACGAUGCUAUUUCUGAUCUCUCAGAACAGAUCGACUACCUCAACAAGACAAAGGCCAGGCUCGAGAAGGAAAAGGAUUCCUUGAAGCGAGAAGCUGAGGAUGCUAAGUCUACGCUGGACGGUCUAGCUCGUGAUAAGGCUGCUGGAGAGAAGACAGCCAAACAAAUUCAGCAACAAAUUGCGGAAGUCCAUGCCAGGCUGGAUGAGUCAAAUCGCACACUCAGCGAUUUCGACGCUACCAAGAAGAAGUUGGCAGCUGAGAAUGGUGACCUCCUGCGGCAGGUAGAAGAAGCGGAGAACCAGAUUGGCCAGCUGUCCAAACUGAAACUGUCUCUCACCAAUCAGUUGGACGACAACAGGAAACUUUCGGACGAGGAGAGUCGGGAGCGCGCAACCCUUCUCGGCAAAUGCCGCAACCUGGAGCAUGACAUUAUGGGGCUCCGGGAGCAGCUCGACGCUGAGAGUGAGGGCAAGGCUGACAUGCAGCGCCUGCUCUCUCAAGCUAACGCUGAUGCUCAAAUGUGGCGCUCAAAGUACGAGUCUGAGGGCUUAGCACGUGCUGAAGAAAUUGAGGCCGCGCGCAUGAAGCUUGCUGCGCGUUUGGAGGAGGCCGAGUCACAGAUAGAGCAGCUCAACAUUAAGAACCUUAGCCUGGAGAAGGCUAAGCAGCGUCUGGCAUCUGAUAUUGAGGAUGGACAGAUCGCAGCUGAACGCGCCCAAACGUUGGCUUCUGCAGCUGAAAAGAAACAGAAGAACUUCGACAGGAUCCUGUCGGAAUGGAAACUGAAGGUUGAGGACUUGGCAGCUGAGCUUGACGCCUCCCAGAAGGAAUGUCGCAACUAUUCUACUGAACACUUCCGCGUCAAGGCUGCUUACGAAGAGAACCUGGAACACCUCGACUCAGCUCGCCGUGAAAACAAGAACCUCAGUGAUGAAAUUAAGGAUUUGAUGGAUCAAAUCGGUGAGGGCAGUCGAUCCUUCCACGAACUGGAAAAGAAUGUUAAGCGUCUGGAAGUAGAGAAGGAGGAGCUGCAGGCUGCCUUGGAAGAGGCCGAGGCCGCCCUGGAGCAGGAGGAGAACAAGGUUCUCCGUGGCCAGCUGGAGCUCAGCCAGGUCAGGCAGGAGAUCGACCGCCGCAUCCAGGAGAAGGAAGAAGAGUUUGAAAACACAAGGAAAUGCCACCAACAAGCUAUGGACUCUAUGCAGGCUUCUCUUGAAGCUGAGGCCAAGGCCAAGGCUGAGGCUCUCCGCCAGAAGAAGAAGCUUGAGUCUGACAUUAAUGAACUGGAGAUCUCUCUUGACCACUCGAACAAGGCUCACUCUGACCUCCAGAAGACCUUCAAGAAACUCCAGACUGAAAUCAAGGACAUGGAGCUGAAGGUGGAGGAUCAACACCGUAUUGCCUCCGAGUAUCGCGAGCAGCUGGGUAUUUCUGACCGCCGAGGCAACGCCCUUCAGGGAGAACUGGAAGAAUCUCGCUCUCUUCUCGAACAGUCCGACAGGUGCCGCCGCCAGGCUGAAGCUGACCUUUCUGAAGCUCAAGAACAAAUGAACAACCUUAACAGCCAAUGCAGCACUCUCACUCUGGCCAAGAGGAAGCUGGAGAGCGAGAUGCAGACCCUGCAGGCUGAUCUGGAUGAAAUGCUGAACGAGACCAAGAACUCCGAGGAGAAGGCCAAGAAGGCCAUGGUGGACGCUGCCCGUCUGGCCGAUGAACUGCGCUCUGAGCAGGAACACGCCCAGAACCAGGAGAAGGCGAGAAAGACUUUGGAGGUUUCUUACAAGGACCUGCAAGCUAAGUUUGAAGAAAGCGAAGGCAAUGCUCAGAAGGCCGUGAAGAAAUCUCUGGGCAAGUUGGAAGACCGCGUACGCGAUCUGGAGUGUCAACUGGACGACGAGUCCCGCCGCCACUCCGACGCCCAGAAGAACCUGAGGAAGUGCGAGAGGCGCAUCAAGGAGCUCACUUUCCAGGCCGACGAGGACAAGAAGAACCACGAGAGGAUGCAGGACCUUGUCGACAAACUCCAGCAGAAGAUCAAGACCUACAAGAGGCAGAUCGAGGAGGCUGAGGAGAUCGCCGCCCUCAACCUGGCCAAGUUCCGCAAGGCCCAGCAGGAACUCGAGGAGGUUUCCGCCAUGUAAUUCAUUUUACAUACUACAUGUAAACCUUGCGGCCAAGACUUGUAGUCAACAACACCAGAGAACGCUUUAGCUUCUCCAGAACGUAAAUGAUAAUUAAAGAAACAGAAGCGACCUCAAUGUCAUCUCAUACAACAUCUUAGUCCAUUAGAUUUGUUAUUAAUGCUACGGGACAUUUACAUCAGUGUAACCAACGCACGUCGGCUCAUGGGUCACUGCUGCCCAACAGUUACGUUUGGCACAAAGUGUAUUUCCUCCACUAACAUCCGCAUUGUCUGUGUGACAUCAAGCUAUUCUACCAACAGUGUUUUCUGAUUACAUGUGACGUCAUUUCAUUAUCAAUAAAUGUCAUCAAAAGCAUCUGUUAUGUGGCCUGAUAACAUCGAAACACCUGACCUAAAACAAUUAAAAUAAAAUCACAUAAUCAAUCAA